GUACAGGCAGCCAGCAGACCAUUCUCCAUGAGGAGCAGUGGAAGAUGCCGGCUCUGCCAGCACUGCUGCUGUCGAUUUAUGUUGUCGUCCUGCUGCUGACUAUGGCGCCUCUCUUCUUCAGCCAGGCCAACACCCUAUCUGCCGUCCGGAUGGCGGCCAUUUUGGAUGACCAGUCUGUGUGUGGUCGUGGUGAGCGUCUGGCUCUGGCUCUGGCCAGGGAGAACAUUAACAAUCAGAUGGAGGAUUCAGCCCAGGCCAGGGUGGAGGUGGAUGUCUACGAGCUGCAGAAGGAUUCCCAGUACGACACCACCGACACCAUGUGCCAGAUCCUCCCUAAGGGCGUGGUCUCAGUGAUCGGCCCUGCCUCCAGUCCCGCCUCAGGGUCCACCAUCAGUCACAUCUGUGGGGAGAAAGAGAUUCCUCAUGUGAAGAUCGGCCCGGAAGAAACCCCAAAACUGCCAUACCUGCGCUUCGCCUCGGUGACUCUCUACCCGAGUAACGAAGACCUCAGCCUGGCCAUCGGAUCCAUCCUGCAGUCCUUUGGCUACCCAACAGCUAGCCUCAUUUGUGCUAAAGCAGAGUGCCUGCUCCGAUUGGAGGAGCUUGUUCGCCACUUCCUUAUCUCCAGGGAGACGCUGUCGGUGCGAAUGCUGGAUGAAAGUCUGGAUCCCACCCCUUUGCUGAAGGAGAUCCGUGACGACAAAGUGGCUACCAUCAUCAUCGAUGCUAAUGCCUCCAUCUCUUAUCAUAUUCUCAGAAAGGCUAACGAGCUGGGGAUGAUGUCAGCCUUCUACAAGUACAUCCUCACCACCAUGGAUUUCCCUCUGCUCCAGCUAGAUGAUGUGGUGGGUGACCAGUCCAACAUCGUUGGUUUCUCCAUGUUGAACAUCUCCCAUCCUUUCUACCUGGAUUUCAUCAGGAGCCUGAACUUGUCGUGGAAAGAAGGGUGCAACAUCAACCCGUACCCAGGACCUGCGCUGUCAUCCGCCCUGAUGUUUGAUGCUGUUCACGUGGUGGUGAGCGCGGUGCGGGAGCUGAACCGCAGUCAGGAGAUUGGCGUGAAGCCACUGAGCUGCACCUCCCCCCUCAUCUGGCAACAUGGGACCAGCCUCAUGAACUACCUACGCAUGGUAGAAUAUGACGGCCUGACAGGCCACAUUGAGUUCAACAGUAAAGGACAGAGGACCAACUACACCCUGAAGAUCCUGGAGAAACACCCUGCAGGCCAUAAAGAGAUUGGGACUUGGUAUUCCAACAACACAUUGGCAAUGAACUCAACUUCCUUGGACCUCAAUGCCUCAGAAACACUAGCUAACAAGUCCUUAAUUGUCACCACUAUACUGGAAAACCCAUAUGUAAUGCGCAAGUCCAAUUAUCAGGACUUCCAAGGAAAUGAUCAGUACGAAGGUUUCUGUGUGGACAUGCUGAGGGAGCUGGCAGACAUCCUGAAGUUCUCCUUCAAGAUUAAGCUGGUGGAUGAUGGGCUAUAUGGAGCACCUGAGCCUAACGGCAGCUGGACCGGCAUGGUGGGGGAGUUGAUCAACAGGAAAGCUGACCUGGCGGUCGCCGGCUUCACCAUAACCUCAGAGAGGGAGAAGGUAAUUGAUUUCUCCAAGCCAUUCAUGACUCUGGGAAUCAGCAUCCUCUACCAAGUGCAUCUGGCUCGAAAACCAGGUUACUUUUCCUUUCUCGACCCGUUUUCUCCUGCUGUUUGGCUUUUCAUGCUGCUGGCCUACCUUGCUGUCAGCUGUGUUCUCUUCCUCGCCGCCAGGCUCAGUCCUUAUGAGUGGUACAACCCUCACCCGUGUUUACGGGAGCGGCGGGACAUCCUGGAGAACCAGUACACACUGGGAAACAGUCUGUGGUUCCCAGUUGGAGGCUUCAUGCAGCAAGGCUCAGAGAUUAUGCCGCGGGCCCUGUCCACCCGCUGCGUCAGCGGAGUCUGGUGGGCCUUCACUCUCAUCAUAAUCUCUUCCUACACGGCCAACCUGGCGGCGUUUCUCACCGUACAGAGAAUGGAGGUGCCCAUCGAGUCUCCCGACGACCUGGCAGACCAAACCAACAUCCAAUACGGCACCAUACAUGGAGGCUCCACCAUGACCUUCUUCAUGAACUCGCGGUACCAGACGUACCAGCGAAUGUGGAACUACAUGAAGUCCAAGCAGCCCAGUGUGUUUGUGAAGAGCACGGAAGAGGGUAUCGCCCGUGUCCUCAAUUCCAAGUACGCCUUCCUGAUGGAGAGCACCAUGAACGAGUACUACCGCAGCCUAAACUGCAACCUGACGCAGAUCGGAGGGCUGCUGGACACAAAGGGAUAUGGCAUCGGCAUGCCGCUGGGCUCUCCAUACCGAGACGAGAUCACGCUGGGGAUCCUGCAGCUGCAGGAGAGCAACAGGCUGGAGAUUCUGAAGCGACGCUGGUGGGAGGGAGGCCAGUGUCCUAAAGAGGAGGACCACCGAGCCAAAGGUCUCGGCAUGGAGAAUAUCGGCGGGAUCUUUGUAGUUCUGAUCUGUGGCCUCAUCGUAGCUGUGUUUGUGGCCAUCAUGGAGUUUGUGUGGUCAACCCGCCGCACCGCUGAGACGGGCGAGGUCUCUGUUUGUCAGGAGAUGUUGACAGAGUUUCGAAAUGCAGUUUCUUGUAAGAAAAGUUCCCGGGCUCGUCGGCGACGGCCCCUGAGCAGUGCUGGGGGUGGAGUUCUGCGUCACCCCUCCCGACUAGCUCUAGCAGGCCCUAGGCCAAUUCGGCUAGUCCGAGAGAUGCGACUCAGCAACGGGAAACUCUACAGUGGCACCGGGCCCCUGACUGGGGGUUUGGCGGGGCUGGGGGCAGGUAUGGCGACAGGACCUGAUUUGGGCCCGGGGCCACAGAGGCUCUUGGACGAUCCAUUAGGCGUCAACUCUGCCUCUAGUAACCCUCCUGCGCCUCCCCCUAUGCCAGCCUUUGAGGCUCCGCCCGCCCCGCCACGCAGCUUCCUGCAGAGCUGCAGCCAUGUCCGCAUCUGCCAGGAGUGCCGGCGGAUCCAAAGUCUGCGGCCGGCCACGCUCACCCCUCCGCCGCCUCCUCCACCUUCUUCCUCCUCCUCUGCCUCGUCCUGCUCCCGUAUCCCUCCUUCGCUGGCGAUGUCGGGACAUCACCAUCGCCAUAAUCCCCACCACCCCCUCCACUACCACCACGGGUCCAUGUCGUUGCCCCGCCUCCCUCCUCCUCCUCCCCCAAUCUCAACAGACAGAGCCGACAGUGAUGGGGGAACGGCAAGCCCACUACGGGCGAAAAACAGACCCGCGCCUCCGCCCAGGCCGCCGACUGCCAAGGCGCCAACAUACCCACCAACAGACUUACUUGGGGGACACAACUGUGCUUAAAAACACUAAGUAAAGACUCAAAAGAUACAUUUUAAAACAUUCAAAACUUUUCCUUUGGCCCCAGCAACACAGCUGUACCUGUCCAAACUCCUGAGGAAGAAGGGAGAAGAAACUAUUUGGACCCAUUUGUAGGGUGGAUCCCUCAAAGUGGAGCCUUUGGCUCAGCUCACACUACAAACCUUUACUGAGUGAUGAUUGAUUCUAAGCCCUCUAACCUGGUAGCGGAGAGGAUUAAAUAAAUUGAACUCUGGAAUUUGCAACUUGAAGCAGUUGCACGAAUAGGCAAACAGAGAAUUAGCGAUCAGCUUCAGAUUCAGUCCGCCAUCUCUUACCUCGGCAAAUCCUCCCACUGCAAGAAUAGACGACUUUGAGACACAAACAGGUAGAGGUCACGGGUGUUUUUGGUUUUGUUUUUUUUUUUUUUCCAUUUGAAUACUGAAGUAGGUGUUUGUGUAAGAGGAGACCGUCCCGCAGACAAGUGGUAGCAGAGCAGUUGUACAGUAAUCAUGGUCUUCUGUCACUCUUUUGGACGUUUGUGGAAGGAGGAUGUAGCUUUUUUUCCCCCAUACUGUUUUGCUGUUUGUAAAGAUUCCUGCUGGCUGGUGCUGUGAUCCACAGAGCAGAUAAACAAAAAAGUAAUUACUUGCCUAAAGUGUUCAAAACUGUGCUGAGGUAGUUCUUCUGUUUCAUAGAAAAUGUAUCAAGUCAGAAAAACGCACUGUGAGGCAUCUGAAGGUAAAGGGCUGAGAAGCAACAAGAGUUCAUUAUUUUUAUAAAGAAAAAAAAAAACAACAAAAAAAAGUUUGAAAUCUUUGAGAUGUCAUGUUACACCACUUCAAGAUGUGACAACCAGUUGCAUAGCAAUGUUUUUAG